AUGACACAAAAUCUCAUUACUUUCUUCUUACUACUUACUGUAACCACAGUAACAGCGCUAACCGAGUGCGUUGGAGCCAAGGGCAAAGUGUACUGUAAUGGAGAACCGUAUCCUGGAGCUCAUGUACGAUUGUAUGAUAUUGAUGAAGUGCCAGGUUAUGGUCCAAUUUCAAAUUUAUUGCAAAUGCUCAAUCCAGAUGAUUUAAUGGAGUAAGUUACAAAAGGUUUUGGCAUUUUUAAGUUUGUAAAGAAAGUUCUUGCCAGUUUUUACUUUGUAGAGAAAGUUCUUGCAGUUUUUACUCUAAAAAAAAUCUUCGUACUAUAUGUUGCCUGAAGGGCAGAAGAGAUAAUUUUAAAGUUUUGACGAAAUGUCACAAAAAUUAUUGACUAUUCGACGAAGUGUCACAAAUUUUAUUGGAUUUUUUGAAACCCUUUUUAUGAUAAGUUUACAGAAAAUUAUUGCCGUUUUUAGCUUUGUAAAGAAAGUCUCUGUCAUUUUUGCUUGUAAAGAAAGUUUUUUCUAUUUUUUGUUUUGUAAAGAAAGUUAUUGCCAUCUUUUACUUUGUAAAGACCGUUCUUGCAGUUUUUACUUUAAAAUUGAAAAUUUUCAUACUAUAUGCUGUCUGAAGGGCAGAAGACAUAAUUUCAAGGUUUUGACGAAAUGUCACAAAAAUUAUUGAUUUUUCAACGAAGUGUCACAAAGUUUAUCGAAUUUUUUAAGCUGCUUUUUAUGACAAUUGCAAAGUAUAUAUUUGCAUUUUUUUUGUUUUGUAAAGAAAGCUCUUGCAAUUUGAAACAUUGAAAAAAAAGUUCUUGCCAUUUUUUGUUUUGUAAAGAAAGUUCUUGCCACUAUUUCAUCUUUAAUUUUUCUAGUCGAACCAUGUCGACCGGAGAAGGCGAAUACGAAUUGUCAGGCUGCGCCAAAGACUUUGACUGGAUUGCAAUGACAAACCAAAUCGAGCCCUUCAUCUUCAUAAAUCACAAAUGUAAUGGCAAACGCGAAACAAUGUUAAUCGAGGUUGAAGUCGACCGCACCGACGACUACAUGACUCCAGAAUUCGAUGCUGGCAUCAUAGAACUCAGUAAUCGGCUACAUUAA